GAAACAACCCGCCUACGCCGCCUCUACUUCUGAGUUCUGCCCAGCGGUGGUUAGAAAACCCUUGCUUCGCGGCUCUUCUCCAUCGCUUCUUUCUGUCUUCAUCACGCUGCUCGUAGCUGACUGGAGUUAGGGUUUGGUGUUUUUGCCAUGAUGCCAUCGGAAGGAAUGAAGAUGCCGAAAAAGAAGAAGGCUAAGGUGGAGGGGAGUGGUGGGGAAGGCUCUGGCUCUGGCCACGUUGAUGAAGAAUUUGUGCGCUCAAUUAGGAAAAUAAAAUAUAUACAAACGGAGCUCCAGAAGAUUAAUGUGGAGGAAGAUGACAAAGUUUUGGAGGUGUUACAAGAAUAUACGGAGAUACGCAGGGAAUUCUACAAUAGGAGAAAUGAAGUUUUGCUAACCAUUGCAGACUUUUGGUUAACAGUGUUGAUUAAUCAUCCAAUACUUGGUGAGUUUUUAAGUGCGGAAGAUCGAAAGAUUCUUAGGUAUUUGGUUUCAUUAGAUGUUGAAGAAGAUCCAAAGCUAGGCUUCUCCAUAACAUUCAACUUCUCUCCUAACCCGUAUUUUGAAAACAAGAAGUUGACGAAGACAUUCAGCUUCCCUAAUCUACCAACAGCUAUCGUAACUGGAACAACAAUUAAUUGGAAGGAGGGAUUGGACAAGAAACUGGAAGUCAUAAGUCUCUUUAAGUGGCUUAGCAGAACAGAACAAAUUCCUAUUUCAGCUGCCACAAAUGAUAAGGUUGCUUAUGCCAUCAGAGAAUGCUUAUGGCCCAAUCCUCUCAAAUAUAUCAUUGAGAACAGCUUGGAGGGUGAAGGAGGCGCGCAAAAUGUCCAUGAAGAGUGUUGACAAUUUGAUGAAAUUGAGGAACGGGACGAUGAAGGGGGUGAAAGCUGAUGCUGGAGGAGGUGAAUUUUCAGAUUGGGACUUUGAAUAAUAUUCUAUAUUCCCUUACAUAGCAAUCCAUCUUUGAUUUUGAUAGUGUAAUUAAAUUUUAGUUGUUGCAAGGUCUGCCAUUAGCCACCUGUCUUGUUUUUCUUUUUCACUUUUAUUUUCGAAGUCAGCAAAACAUACCUUUUAAGGGCAUUAAGAGACCUUUGUUUCUCCAAAGAGCCUGCAUUUGGCUGGACCAGUCUAACAAUCCUCCUCUCAAAUUGAGGAUCAACUGUAUCUUUGUGUUUUCCUUUGGUUCCUCAUCAAUUUUCAUAUAGUUUUGCUGUUUUUCUCUUGAA